GGCGGGGUAUAUAUACACAGCGUGGGUCGGUUAAAUCUGGCCACAAGUUUCAAAACUUUCAAACAAGGUAGGAAGACGGAGAGACGGAGAGACGGAGAGACGGACGGCUGAGUGAAAUCAACUGCUGAACCGCAAAAUCCAAACAAGAGCUGUUGUCUUUUUGGGAAGGAAAAAAAAAAAGGAAGUGGACAAAAGAGGCAGAGUCUCUGGAUUUUUUUUCUUCAGAGGGAAUAUCCUGCACCACAACUUUUGUUUUCUCCUUUCUCUCUCCUUUCCCCUCUCCUCUCAGAUCUCGAUGCUUUAUUUUGGGAUUUGUGCACCAAAUCCGGCAGAUUCCUCAUUUGAUCCUUCGGUCGUUUUCCAUCUGAGACAUCCAGAGUUUUCCAGCCAACGUAAAGCAGAGAUUUUCUGGACAGAACGUUAACCUGAGUGGGAUGAAUUUAACUGAGCCCAACCUGCCUAGAGAGGCCUCCCUGCAUCCCAGUCAAAUGCCCUUUGGAGGCCGCUGGACGUCGGAGACCCCGAGUCCCGCCUCCGACCCCGAGAUGGAUUUUGAAGAGAGCCUGUCAGCAGACUGCAGUUCUCCCGACGCCCCUGGAGAACCGAGGAGAGGCGAGCCCAGGAUGGCUCUGACGGUGGGCUCCAGGGGACAGAGCCCCGACCUGACCCCGGGCGGGGGCCCGCUGGCCGGGGCGGGCGAUGGGAAAGCCUCAGGCGCCGAGCAGAGGAUCCGCAGGCCCAUGAACGCCUUCAUGGUUUGGGCUAAAGAUGAGAGGAAGCGGCUGGCCCUGCAGAACCCGGACCUGCACAACGCCGUGCUCAGCAAGAUGCUGGGUCAGUCCUGGAAGGCCCUGAGUGCCACAGACAAGCGGCCGUUUGUGGAGGAAGCCGAGCGUCUCCGCGUGCAGCACCUCCAGGAUCACCCAAACUAUAAGUACCGACCUCGACGCAAAAAGACCACCAAGAAGCUGAAGCGAGUGGAACCGGGGCUCCUGUUGCACAGCCUGGCCCAAGGUGGGGCCCCGGCUCUCGGUUUGGGCCCCGGCGUCGGCCCUUUGGCUGCCGAUGGCGUAUCUGGUGCUGCUGCUUACGGCCACCCGGCCACCCACACUCCCCACCACCAUCACCCCCACCAGCUGCUGCCGUCUCUGGGACACUUUCGGGAGCUUCCGGCGCACGGCGACCUGGAGAGCUACGGCCUGCCCACCCCGGAGAUGUCGCCGCUGGACGUCCUGGAAGACGGAGCCGGAGAGUCCGUGUUCUUCCCCCAACACAUGCAAGACGAGGCGGGGAUGGGAGGCUGGAGCGGUUACCACCGCCUUCACCAUCACAACCCACAUUACAGCCAGCAGCACUACAACAACAGCCACAGCCACCACAACGCCAUCGGAGUCAGCGCCAGCUUAAACAUCGGGAUGAACGCAAGUCUCAGUCCAAGCAGGACUUCCAGACUGGACUCCAGAAUAAGUUCUGUUGAAUCAAAUAUGACAUCAAGCAUUAGCUCAGUUAGCGCCAAGCUACCUCCUACUCAUGCUUUCAGUCAUCAGGUCCCCUUAAGGACUCCUGUGAAAUGUCCGCCGCCUCUAGCCGAUUCCUCGUCUCCCGUUUCCUAUCCUCGCCCGUCCUUCAGCAUCCCUGAGCCGGUCAAAUGCCAACAAACGCCUGUCGGGUAUCUGAACCAAAUGUAUGGAGGCACUGCGUCCAGUGCGGCGCACUUCACUCCCUCUCAUCUGGGGCAGCUUUCCCCUCCUCCUGAAACCUCUUCCUCUUCCUGCUCAUCCUCCUGCAUCCUCCCUGCAUCCUCCUUCGGUCGCUCUGCACACUCAGACCAGUCCAGCCUGGAGGCCGGCGGCCACAUGGGCUCUUCUUCUGCUGAGUUCUGGUCUGAGGUGGACAGGCAUGAAUUUGACCAGUAUGUCAACAUGGGACGGAGUCGAGAGGAGCCCUACGGACUUGUUGGAGGGUGUGGAGGAGGGUCAAAGGUCCUGGGUGGGUGUAAUGCCAUCGGAGGCAGUAGCAGCAACAGCAUCGUCAGCACUAUUAUUAACAGGGACGUCAGCAGUGUUAUGAGCGGCGCUGGUGGCUGUGAUGAUGGAAGCAGCCCUCUGAUAUCUGCUCUCUCUGACGCCAGCAGUGCCGUUUAUUACAGCGCCUGUAUAACUGGAUAAAAACAGAAUCUCAUCUCAGCCUUCAUUGCAUCCGCAAAGAAAAUUCAAUAUCAAAACUUUACUGAAGUCAGUGUCGAGUCAUCUCCAACUCUAAAACUGCUUCAGUUUGUUUUUAAAUGUGAAACAAAUGUUGAACUUUACUCUGGGCCCUUUGCCAGACAGUUUAUUUAGAUCUUGGAUUAUUAAUUAUAUAAUUUGCAUUGUAAAAAGAUCAGACAAGAAAAACAAACCAUGACAUGUUGCUGAAAUAUCUAAUCAAACACUAAAAGACGUCAUAUUUCCAACAAAAAUCUUACUUUUUUUUCCUUCUCUCAUGUUUUUGUCUGGUUAAUUUUGGGUAAUCAGCAAAUCUGAUCAGUCAGUGGUGCUGCAUAUUGGAAUUAGACUCACUAAUGAUCAAAAUCUGUUGCUCUCUCUAUGUCAUUUGCAUCAAUAUGAACUUUAGAAAUUACAAUAAUAGCUAAAAAUAAGCAUCCACUGACAAAAACAGCGUAACAUCCAGGAGUAAUGGCUUUAUUUGAGCAGUAACAAGUCACCUGUAAGGGCGUUAAGUAUUGUUACCUGAAGUAGAAAGGUAAUGUCCCAAACGGCAUUCAGAGCGUCCAACAGUCCGUUAAAACUUUGGCUCCAUCUCCGUGCUGUAAGCUGAUUCUACCAAUUGUUUUAUGACAGAUUCUACAAAAUCUAAACUUUGAGGAUGAGCCAUGAAAGGGAAUGAAGAUGAACUCAGUGGGUCGUGGGCCGCUAACCCAGAACAGACCGCUGAUGUUUUACAAGUCAGGGUAGGUUUUCUUUCUCCAUGUAAUACAUCCUGUUCCCUUCCUCAGCUCAGUUCAUCCUAGGGCCUUGUGUCAAAUGGCAAAUAUAAUAUUUUGUGAUUUAAAACAUGUCUUUGUCUACCGGCAAGCAGAUCCUCUGAUGAUGAUGAUUUCAAGACUUGCUUUAUCUUACCACAAAUCCUCUGAUUUACCAAACGGAUCGCUUGUUGAAACAAAACAGUCUAUCCACGUUGGGUCUGAUAGAAGCUCAGGUUCUGAAAUACUUCUGGAACACAUCAGAGAAAAUAUUUUCAACAAAAAGUCAUUGUCGCUUUCUCUAACUUUGAAUUCUUGCAACCGGAUACGGGCAUACAUUAAGAUUUUUAUUGUGUUUUUCUUUUGGAAACUAUAGGUUUCAUGUAGUCAUACUGUGUAUAUUGAUUCAGUGCUUUUUGUGAAAGAGAGAUUUAGACUAUGAAAUGUUCUCUUUGCACUGCAUUUACUGUAUUAGCUGUAUAGAAGGUAUAAUACUUUUUCAAGAUGAAAUAUCUAUUGUUUGAAAUAUGUUUUUGUACAGAAAUGAUCUUAUUUUUCUGAAAGGAAGUUUUUGGAAUGAUAUUUACCAGCUUUCUUGCUGGAAGUAAGACCAACACGUUGUUUUUAUAUUUGUGUAUCUUAUGGUGCUAGCUAGUUUAGCUUGGCUAAAGGAUGAAAACUGGAGAAAAAUGGCUGCACACACCUGCUAUAAAAUCCUAAAGUUUACCCUUCAGUAUUUACUAAACACUCCUCCGAAUACCAACAAAGUACUGUUGUUGCAAUUUGUUUAUUCGAAGAGUUGAGAUAAAUCCGGUUUUGCAAAAGUGCCACUAUUUAGCGAGGCUAACGAUUAGCAACACUUUCAUACAAAGGAAAAGCACGUUGAUCUUUUUUUUUAGCAGUUUUUGGCUUAAAUGUAAUUGAAUAACUUUGCAAUUAUUGGCACCACUUUAAAGAAAAGAUUAAAAUAUAUUUGUUGAUUAAAUAUGAAGCAGGGUUAGCAUUCUCUCUGUCCCGUAGCAGCUUUGUGAACAGAGAAAGAAAAACAAGAAGCCUCUUGAAAGAUGGAGCCUGCAUCUGUUCUGCAUUAGUCUCGACGACACUGCUUGUUGCUUGUUUCUUGAUGUACAUGAAACAGUGGAACAAAAUCAAGUAUCUCUUACGGAGCCACCAGUUACAUUCGCCAUGCCAUUUCUGAGGUUUAAGACUUCUUUCAACUUUUCUCCAGCGAGAUACUUACUGAGAAGCAGGAGUUCAAGUGAACUAGUAAAAAUAAGUUUCUACAUCUGCAUUUGACAUUCUUCUCUGUUGACAYCAAGCACUCUUUUUUUCCGUUUUAAUUUACUGUGACACAAAAAGACUUCAGAGAGAGACAGGCGUUUUUUGGAAUCGUGCAAUAACUUUGGGCCUUUUGGUAAUAAUUAUCUAAGAGAAUAAAGAAAACACCCAGGACUUUGGGAUUAAAUCAAAGGACAUUUUUCUCAGCAGUCAUAUAACAAAUUAAAACCAGUAUUUUCCCAGAAGUGUCACUGGGAUGCUUCUAAAUCUGCAUGACAGGGAUAAUUUUUAGAUUUUCUACAAAGAAAAAAGGUUUUGUUUAUGUGUUUGAAAGGGGUGUGUUGGCUGUAAAUGCAUCUGUUCUGUUGUAUACAAUAAUUGUACCAAAUAAACACCUUUAAGAAUUUACUUUA